CGUCAGGUACAGAAGCGCCGCGAGUGCCAAGUGCGUGCGAAAAGUGUGUGAAUGUGCGUGCCGGUAUAUUUAGGAAAAAAAUUUCAAGUGAGACGUGUGCUAACUUUGGGAGCUUUCCGAAAUUCGGGGAGCUUUGGUGCAUUUAAAUCACCGCCAGUGUGCAGAAAUGCAGCCUACCUGAGCGAAGUUUUGUGGGAAAUAUAAAAGGGAUACAGGAUGUUCAAAGCAAGGUCCGGAAGUCUAGGGUCUGGAAGCGCCAUUCCGGUGGAACGUAUUAUCAAAAAGGAAACGGAUGUUGAAGCAGCAAUGGCCAACUCCGAUAUCGACAAUCUCGAAGAUGCCCGGAAAUUGGCCAGAGAUCUUCGGCAAAAGACACGAGCGCAAGCACAACAAAUCAUCGCCUGGAGAAGGGCCUACAAAAUGCAGGAAUCGCUCGUAGCGCGCUUACAACGUGAAAAAGCUCACCAAUUGAAAAUCCUCAGCGCGAAGCUCCUUCUCUUCGAGUCCCGGCUCAUUCGCAAACAAAAAGAAAUCUCCUCUAUGCUGACCCUUCGCGAAAACAUAAUCCACCGCCAACAACGAAUCAUCGAAACUUUGACAAAUCGACUCAUCGACAACGGCCUAGAAGUCCCCCAAUCAGAAUUAGCAGAAUUAGAAACGACUUUACCAGAUUUGGAUUCUCUUAACGAUUCCGACAGUGCUGUGGUUAUGGAAGAUAUAGAUUCGGACAGUAAUGUCACAAUACCGAAAUUUCGGACCGGAAACUCUGUCAUGAGAUCAAUCUCCGAUGCUAUAGACCCAAGUCUUAAAUACACUUCAAUGAGGCGAAAUAACGGGUUUUUGAGACGACCCGAGAUCCUCGAAACUGUAUAUAGUGUUGAAGAGGAUGCAGACAAUGAAAAUCAAAAUAGUGACAAUACGAAUGAUGCGAAUAAAAAAAGAGACGCGUUUGCUGCAAGAGGAAAAUCGACGUAUAAUGUUGAAGAAACUGAAGAAAACAACGCGGGUCAAAAAGAGGGAAAAAAUGCCAACAGUAUGGAAAAAACCGAGGAAAGUGAAGAUGACAAGAAGACAAGUCAAGUGAAAACGUAUAAUCGAGUCAUGUCAAACCACCGCUCAGUCACUAAACCGAAAGACGUAAAAUACAAGCGAAUAAACAAAGCGAAAUCGAAAAGUCUUGAAGAGUUGCGAGGCCGUUUGAAAAACUGGGUGGAGCAAGGAACCAAACUGACCGGAAUUACUCUCGAACACAGCCAAAGUUGUGCUUAAUACAGGACCAACACUUUUUAUUUCUUCUUGUUUUGUUUGGUUUUCGUCGCAUUUGUGGUGUUACUCUGUGUGACUUAAAAAAUGUGAUAUUUGUUUUGUACAUAAUUACGUAGUCAAUUUGUAUAAAUCUCUUACAUAUCAUCUACUAUAAGGGUCACGAAACAAUGUUACCGACCCUUUUUUAGUAAUAACUGUGAGGGGAAAACAUUCACUUGCCUAAAUGUAAAAAUGCUUUCUAGACAUAAAUUAAUCAUUUUGUACAUAAUUAUAUUUUUAUUACGACGUUCCUUUAGUGGUAAGAUCUCUGAAAGUUGCUUCAAGUAGCUUCGUCGAUGUCAAUGCGAUUUCAAAUCAAAUGAAAAUACGCAGGUUGUGCUUUUAUUUAUUGUGUUUGUAUACAGUGUGUAAUUUUACUCCAUUCCACAUAACAUUAAUGUACGGUUACAAUGUAAGCAAUGUAACGUUGUGUAACAAUAAAAGACAAUCACUGAAAAA